AUCUUGGCUGUCUCAGAAGGAAAGGCGGAGGGUUGUAAUUCAAAGAUGAGCGAUACCUGGAUCAAGAAGCCUUUACACGCAGUUGAUCUCCCAUCGCAGCGUUGCGGUGCUGGUAUCUUGGGUUCAUAAAAAACCGGGGGGCUGUAGAGGGAGGAUCUUGGGCUGGCAUGGUUUGGGGCAGGCGUGUAUGGAGUUGUUGCAGGGUCUCCCCAAUUUGGGAAAUGGCUUCGGUCAGUCUCUGAAGUUGGGCUUCGUGUGAGCCUAGCAGGAUCCCCUGCUGGCUAACGGCUCCAUGAAUCCGUCUAGCCUCUGCUGGGUCCAUCUUAUUAAGGGCUCAGUCUUGCUGUUAUGGCCGGGCCUCGAACCCAGGUCGUGUCGUGGAAAACUGUAUGCACUAACCACUAGACCAGCUGAGGUUUGUGAACCCACGUUGCAGAAACUCACAAGAGACGGUGUAGAGGUAAAAUAGGAAUAGUCUUUACUGGUUAUCUCUCAGAGAACAAAAGUAAAUCCUGGGUUGCUCACAAAAAUCCAUGAAAGAUAAGCCCAAACAAGGAGGAAAAGGCAUAAAUGAUAAUUCCUUACAAAGGGUAAGUAUCCAUGGCAAAAAUCCCAGAAGACAAAAUAGACACAGGCUACAUAGAACAAAUCCGUAGUUAAUAUAAAUAAUAAUAAUUCUGUAACCCUAAGUUUGUUCAACUACUUUCACGGUACAGGCCCCUGAAUUCUUGAGAGGUUAUACUUUUGUUUAUGUGUAAUAUGUGAAGCAAAUUUCCUAGGUGUCAAUUUAUUCGUUGGAAUAAAAAAUCUGACAUGAUAAGACAUGUCAGAUACUUGCGUAAGAUCUAUAUUGGAAAACAGGAUGAAGGAAGUUAUACAGUCACAUACAGAUCAGAGACAAGCAAGCAAGCAAGCAAGCAAGCAAGCAAGCAAGAAAGAAAGAAAGAAAGAAAGAAAGAAAGAAAGAAAGAAAGAAAGAAAGAAAGAAAGAAAGAAAGAAAGAAAGAAAGAAAGAAAGAAAGAAAGAAAGAAAGAAAGAAAGAAAGAAAGAAAGAAAGAAAGAAAGAAAAGCAAACAAAUAGACCAAAAGAAAAUCUGAUUUCUGCGGAGGCAUUUUUUCUCACACUCUGCCUGCAUCUUGAUAUACUUAAUUUGGAGUUCGGAGUCUACUCUGAAACUACAAUGACACCAAACAGCACUGAACAUCACUGCAAUACAACCCACGAACUGAUGGCAUCCGUCCUUCCUCCAGUGGUAAUCAUCGAGAUGUUACUUGGUCUGCCUGGCAAUGUCGUGGCAUUAUAUGUUUUUUGCAAAUAUAUGAAAUCCUGGAGGACCAAUGUCACAUUCCUCUUCAACCUAAUUCUGUCUGACUUUCUGCUGCUCCUGAGUCUACCCUUCCGCAUUGACAACUUUGUACGCGGCGAGACGUGGAUAUUUGGAGAUGCCUGGUGUCGUAUUAAUCUAUUUAUGCUGGCUGUGAACCGUUCAGCCAGCAUUGCGUUCAUGACUGCUGUGGCUUUUGACCGCUACUUUAAAGUGGUGCAUCCGCAUCACAAAACCAAUCACAUAUCCUCAAAACAAGCAGCUGGGGUUGCCUGCUUCAUCUGGGCCACUGUGAUAGCUCUGAGGAUCCCUUUGCUGACCAACAACCUUCUGAAGGCAGGGGAAAACUACUCCCGUUGCAGAAGUUUCAGUAAUUACGAAGAUGUAUCACCAGCGAGGUGGUCUUUCUGCUGGACCUUAGGCCUGUCGCACCUCCCACGGAGCCUGUGGUGGACUGUGCAUGGCUCUUCCCUGAGGCAGGCCUAAGCCUGACAACAUACCGCAUGGAUUUUGCUGCAGGGUCUUCAGCUGGGGACCACCGCUCAUUGACGUUUCGCCCCUUAACCCAGAACGUCUCCUGGUGGCAGGGCAGUGAACAGGGACGUCUCCCUGACACCCCGUGCAGCAAAACCUAGUUAGAUGUUACUCCCCAAGCCUUGUCUCGUCGUUUGAGCAGUAAAAUGAACAUACUACAAAUUUCAAAAAAUCCUCUAUUUAAUACAAUUAUUAUACAAUCGAAUAAUAAUAUAAAUGAAUACUAACAUAAAUAAAAUAAAACAUAAAUAGUUAUAUUAUUAGACACUGGCCAAACACAGACCGGAAGUUAACUGCAUUCCCGGCGCUCGCGUCCAAUGAAAUGGUCAAUAUAUUUCCAGAUAGUAUGAACCUGUUACGUGUUCCAUUUGAGACGAUACCAUCCUAAAACUUAUACAGAUGGUUGAGUAUAUUGUAUACGUCAUUGCACAACUAACAUCUCCUACCUUAAUUAUUGAUAUAAAUUUGGAGAAACAUGAGGGUGGAGAGAUAAUGACAGUUAAAUGGAAGAGAUUUCAUGUAGAUUCAGCUGGCUGAAUGUAGACAUGUGGUCUAGAGGGUGACACGGGAGUGGAUUUUCAAACCUCUCCCAAUCCCACAAAAAAAGUGGGGGGAAAUCCAGUCCCAUCCCAAUCCCAGAAGAAUGACUCCCAUUCCCUCCCACGGCCGUUUUUUUUUUUUUGUCAAAAUCUGUCAGUUACAGUAAAAAAAAUACAGUAAGACCGCCCAGAAAUGAGAUUCGGGUCCGACUCCAAUUUUAUUUUGAUUUUUGCGGCUACAGUCUAGUGAGUGCAUGGGGAAGCCGCCUCCUUCUCUUAUAUUAUUGGUGGUUGGCAUACCAACUUGGUGCAGUACCGCCACCAACUGUUACGGGUGUGUGAAGCACAUCAUCCACUUAACCAGCCACACCAAAGCCAACAGAAGAUUAUUAGAAGAUUAUAGAGUCCGAAAGUACCUACCUAUCGGCCAUUAAAACAGUACGUUCUUUAUAGUAUGAGUGGGAGUAGUAUAAAUACAUUUCGGACAUACUGCAUCCGCCAUGUUUUAUGGUCAUGUGACCCAUAUGCUCUUUGACCUAUGAUGUAUUAACAACAACCUAUACGUGAGCGUUGAUAAAAACAUAACUUAGUCACGAUAAAUUCAUGUAUUGGCACUUACACUAAAAACGGACGUCACCCUUAAAGUUUUCCGCUAUAUUUAUUUGAUUUACUUUUGAAAUUUGACCGUUGCUCAGCUCCCGUGGCAUCAUGGGAUAGAUAAGUGUCCAUCCGAUCCACACUCACGAAUCUCGGCGGAAGCAGUAGACCAUCCAGGUAUUUCUCGCCUACUGUUUUUUGCAUACUGAGGUUUCGGACAUACUAUUCAUGACUCAUACUCAUUUUUGCCUACUAUACAGUAAGGAAGUAGGCGAUUUUGGAUGCAGCCUAUAUGUUUAUUUAUAUCAAAGGUAUAUUUGUGUAUUCCCGGUCCCGCCCACUCCCGCUGACAUUUUUUCCUGUCCUGUUCCAGUCACGUCACUAAUAGUGAUUUUGUUUCCCAUGUUGUUCAAUCCAAAAAAUGUCAGCCUCUAAUGUGGCCAUGAUGUUGCAUUGGGGCCAUCAUUUUAAUGAAGCUGGAUUGUGAUUGUUAAAAUGAAGUGGAGUUGUGAGUUUGUGAACACAGCAGUGACUAACAGGAGGUUACCCCACUUUAGAACAUUGUGCAACCUGUUCUUUUGUCUGACACAACAGACUUUUUUUGAAUGUGUGAAAAUGUUCAUUUCAAAACCCAGUAUGAAUAAUUAUAAAGUCUUUCAUCAUGAAAAGCACUGAUGUAUUUGAGAGUGAAUGAGGCUGAAAUAUUAAUGAUAAACUAGUUUGAAUAAAUGCCGAGAGCAGUCUAUAAAGACUAGUUAGAGUGUGCCGUGCUAUUCGAACCCAACAAAGAUUGUUGAUGAUAAUUAAGCAAUAUCAGUAUUACUGCAUGAGAUGAAAUCAACAAACAUUUAUAAAAAGCAUUCAGAUGAGAAUGAUAACUUUCUUUUUUUAUGACAGCUGUAAUAUUUGGGCCAACACAGCCAGUCAUACAAUCCUAAUAUAUAAAUGUAUUUUUCAUUUAAUCUAUAACAUCAAUGUACUGAAUUAUGUAAUACAUUUGCACAUGCUAUACUACUGGUUUACAAAACUAAUCAAAUGUACAAAUCUUGUGCAAGAGAUCAAGCACUUCCUCUUUGUGCCUCUGUUUCCUCCUUCUUUAUAAAAAAUCUCAAGUGCUACUUAGACAAAUGGCUGAAUGUUUAGCUGGAUAGCCGCUUGCAGAUGUCAUUACUCUUAUCUUACUCAAUUUAGAGGCAAUAAAAAAAGAGUCAUGUAUUCUGAAUUUAGGAUUUUUUUCUGUAUGCAUUUCGAUUUUAAAGGGCUUUCAAAAGCAUGAAAUGAAUGUUUUUCCUGUCUGCUCCCUUUGACGUCACAGCUCAAGACUCAGAAGAUUCACUGAACACGAAUGACAUGACAUCAGCCAAUCGUGUCAUAAUUUUCCGGAGUAUAAACUGUCUAAUUUCAAAUUGCAUAUGGGUUUUCAGUUAUAUCUCUGAGCACUUUCACACCAUCGCACCGAACCGUUCUAAGCAUGGUCUGAAACUGUCACAGUUUCCACGUGAGCAUGGUUCGGCACAACCCGAUUACAGACUGUUCUUGACUGGGAAUUUUCAGCAUUGUUGUCUAACCUCUCUGUAGCCGAAAUAGCACAUUAAUAAAAUAGGAAAUAAUGUUAACUUCGCUGGUUUGCUGGAGCUGAGGGGUACCAAGAGAAACGAAAAAGUUUUUCAAGUCAUAGCUCAGUCUCUUGCAUUACCAAGGCAGCGGGUGUUUACAUUCUAAAAAGUUCAGUUAAUAGCCCUGCAGUGGAAAAUGAAACCUUUUAAGUACUGACUGACAAUUAAUCCACGAGAACGGUUCGGUGGGAUGGUGAAAAAGCGCUCUUAGACUACAAAAAGGCCAAAAAGAGACAUUCUAAUUUGCAUAUUACUUUUAAAUUUGGCAAGUGCUUUCUGAAAUUAUCAUUUUUUUGACCUUUUAGCUUUUUUAUUAGAUAGUUUACAGUGGAGAGAGACCAGAAAUUACAACAUGACUAAAAUCAUCAGGUUUAAUAUGACUGACUGUCUUUCACUUUUGAGAUUAAAGGUGCACAUUUCUGAGAUAAACCUAAUCACUGGAUUUACCAAAAUUUGAAGUCUCAUUUUCUUUAUUUGACAUCUGAAAUCAAAACAAAGUGAGGUCGUUUUCUUCACAUGUCAGGGACACUUAUUAACUUGUUAUUUGCGAAAAUGUGUCAAAUAAAGUUAAUGUAAAAUCAAUCAAAAUUUUGGCUUUCAGAUACAAUAAGUGUCCACAUUUUUCUUAAAGGUUUCCUGAACUGGGCUUGUUUAUUGUUUUAUACUGUUGUCUGAGGUCUACUUAUGACGUUUGCGUGGUUUCUACAUUCGAUAACAUCAAAAUCAAUAAGUAAUAAGCUAUUUUAUACCCGGGUUUUGAGGCCGUCUCGUCAAGCGCUCUGUUUAAAUGGGUGUGCCGCAUUGAAGACUUGGAAGUAAACGCCCACUGCUAUGAUUGGAUAGCAGUUUGCGUAGUAAACUUAGUUGGAGCCUUCUGUGAAUUUGGUUAGAGAAGUAACGUUAGGUUACACAUUAUCAGGACAUAUCAAGCGAUCUCUAACAAAGCAAUAGUGACGCAUAGUACAAAUAUGUUUUACUCACAAUAAGAUUGCUGUGCCAUUCCUGUCGGAUCCAAUUUUGACUGCACAGCACUGCUUUUUAAUUUUAGUCUCUCCGCAAAUCCAGCGCCUUGUUCACAAAGGAAUCCAUGGUGAAAUGACGAGAACAAAUGCUCAAUGUUUCACCCACGUGAGCAGGGACAUACAUAAAAAUAAACUUCAACCACUCAUUCCUAAUAUCAGAAUCCGAAGGAAGCGACUGUUCUUCCACAACCAGGCGCUGCACAAUGUUGCAUGUUUGUUGCUUGGUCGCUCUAAAUAAAAAUAACAGUGAAAGAAGUCCUCACUUUUACACAUAUGACACGGGGCUAGCCACUCUCGAGAGCCCUUUUCACAGAAAAAAUAAGCAAAUAAAGACAAGGCAAAAACAAACCUUAAAAUGCAAAUUGUUUAUAUAUUUUAUAAGACCAAAAAUUCUUAAAAUCUGCAACAGACCAUUUAUUAAGACCUAAGUGCCAAGGCUUUUUGAUCUAAGACCAAACAACAAGCAUAAAAGCGCUUCUUAAUAACAAACAUGGCAACACAGCAAAAGAGCGCUGUGUGAUGGAGCCUUCCGAGCAUAAACAACACAGCGCAUAACAGCAGUUUAGUUUAGCCGCAAAACUAAUCUUUAGCCGAAAAAUAUGUCGCUAUGGUUACCAGUUUGUCGAUCAUCACAAAUGUGGUAGUGUGUACUAUGUGUGGCUAAAGUCAUUUGCGAACCAGUGGGUGGGGCUAGAGAAGUAGUCAUUGAUAUUUUUCUGUGGAGGCGGUGUUCAACCUAUCUAUGACAGAUAGGUGCAUUCCAGGACCUGGCGUUCGCUGGGCCUGAUGUCAAUAACAGUUGUAAUCUCAGUAACAAGGGCGUUUUCAGUUUGACACUUACAGGAUGUUCGCUUGAAUACGAUUCCCUCUUAUAUAACAAAUGGGUUAAAAUUGAGGUCUUAAUUCAUUGCCCCUUUAACCCUAAAAUGAUCGCUUAACUGCGUCUGCUUCCCUCACACUGUUCUGUGACUGCAGCGUUGUGAUUGACAGAGAUGAUAAUUACUUAAGUGGCUUGUUUGUCUCUUGUUUUUCUCUUCUUCUCUCUCAUUUACUUGCAUAAUUUGAUGUAUAUAACAUUUGUUGUUAUCUAUGCCCUCAACAUUCUCUUCAUUACAGGUUGGCUAAUCUAAUUAAUAAACAUUAUCAUCGAUCCACUCUAAUUUUGUGUGGCUCACUCUCUUUUAUCCUGUGGAUGGAAAUGAGCUAGUUACACAUAUUACAAAUCAAACAAUAUUAUGGCCAUGUUUUUCUCCC